GGAAUGAAAUAAAAGCCUCUAAAAAUAAUCGACCAAUCAGGGCGCAGAGUGUGUUCUGCUGAGUCACUCAGUGUGUGUGUGAACCGCCUGGUUCUGGCCCCUGCAGAUUUCUGGACCUGCAGCAGCAGUUCUGGUUCUGCUCAGCAUCAUGUGACCUGGUGAUGAUGAUGAUGAUGAUGGUGAUGAUGAUGAUGAUGAUAGUGGUGUGACUCUGGGCGGGUCGCUCACACAUUUGUGUCUGCAGGGAGUCGCAGCGUCUCCAUGUGAAAAUCCUGGAGGGUCACACCGACUGAACCAGAACCAGAACCAGAACCAGAACCAGAACCAGAACCAGAACCAGAACCUUCCUGAGCUGCGGUUCUUCUGCUGCCGUCUGUUUCUGCACAAACAUCAAUAAAUGAUCAUAAAAACGUUUUUCAGUUCAGGAAGUUCCUGGAAUCUGAACCCUCUUCCUGCUGGAGCCUCCGUGUCGCCUCCUCCCUGCCUGACGCUCCGCCUCCAGCAGGAGGAUCGCAGGCAGACGGAGACGGACGAGCAGAGGACAGAGGACGGAUCAGAGGACAGAGAACAGACGCAGGAUCUUCAUCUUCAUCAUCUUCAUCAUGGACGCUCUGAGGAAGGGAUUCUCCAUGGCCAAGGACGGCGUGGUCACCGCCGCUGAGAAGACCAAGGCCGGCGUGGGCGAGGCCGCCACCAAGACCAAGGACGGGGUCGUGUAUGUGGGAAACAAAACGAUGGAGGGAGUGGCGACGAGCGUCAACACAGUUGCACAGAAAUCCACUGAACAGGCCAACAUUGUUGCCGACACUGCGGUUGCCGGGGCCAACGAGGUUGCCCAGGCGACGGUGGAGAGCGUGGAGAGCGCGGCUCUGGCUACUGGAUUGGUCCAGACGACUGCCGUCCCUAAAGCAGCAGAUCAGCCUGAACCUGCAGCUCAGUAGCAGAGAGAAGAAACUCAGAGCCAACCUGCUGCUCAGCUGCUCCUCGUUAACCAAUCAGAGCUCUGGCUGCCUUGUUGCCAUGGUUACAUGGUUUCCCUCCUGGUUAUGCUUGGCUCAAUGGAGUGGAUGUGUUCAACUCCUGCUGCUCACCUGUCCUGUUUACCUGUAAGCCCCGCCCCCUGGUCCGGCUCCACUAAUGCAUGAAGCUUCACUAAAACAGAAACAGGCUGAUGGAGGUUAUGGAUUCAGGCUCCGCUGGUCCAAUCUUUCAUAAACUAACAGAAAUAAAGAGUUUUA